GACCGAUUCGGCAAGGUCACGCACCUGUCCUCCCGGCAGGGGACGUUCGCGGACCAGGCCGCGGGCGCCUCGGCGCCCAGCAAGGACAGCCGGGCCGGGGCGCCCCGCCGCAGGAUCAGGCUUCUUAACAGCUUCGAUGACGAGUACGUUAUCGGCAAGGAGGUCAUGGCUUCGACGCAUAGCUACAUGGAGGUGAGGUUCGCAACGCGGAAGAGCGACGGCGCCCAGGCUGUAGUGAAGCUGCGCUUCAAGCCGAAGUGCUUCCGGAACCGCGAGGACGAGAAGAGUUGGCGCUUCAACACUGAAUUCCUCCUGAAUGUGCCGGAGACGCUGGGCGUGGCCCGUCUCCUCGACGUCAUAGAGGACGACAAGGCCUUCUACGUCGUCAUGGAGAGGGUGGGCGGUUCGGACCUCUACGAGACUCUCGAGCAGGCCAACCUGGAGAGUCUCAAGGACGCGCCCGAGGAUGUUGGACCAAUCCAGGGCGAGUUGCUCUUCAGCCCAGUGGGACAGGUCCGGCAGGGCCUUCCGUCCCUCGUGUCCUGUCUCAUGGAUGUCCCUGGGGCUUAA